AGACGAAGUAUUUAGUGGAGUUCGCAAAGAUGAAAUACUGUAAAGCAUUGCGUUACACUUAGACUUUCCAGUGUAAGCAAGCAUUGAUUGCGUUAUAAUACUCAACAUGUAAGGACAUCUCUGCUCGCUUCCACCACGCUCCUCCGUGGUAAGAAAGAGCUGAACCCAAGAAUCUGUUCCACGACAUUGCGUCUGGAAGAAGAAGAUUGACACCUGCGUUGUUGAAGCUAGCUUGGGGAAGAUUCCUGCGAGACUGCAAGUUCAGCCUCUCCUCGUACCUACUGAGGCGAUCCACGACCCAAGUCAGCAUGGAAGUUUACGGCGGUGAGCAUUGUGCCUUUCCCGGGUGCAACAAACUGGAUUUCCUACCCUUCAAAUGCGAUGCUUGCUCUCAAGUUUUCUGCUUGGAGCACAGAUCCUAUGCAGCCCAUGCCUGUCCGAAGGCAGGGGAAAAAGAUUUCACGAUUGUGGUACGCGAUAACAUUUUUAGGAGGCUUCACUUUUUAGGUAGGCUUCCUACUAAUACUGUAAGUGAUUAUGCUUCUUAAUAGGUAUCAUUGUCUUUAGCAGAUUGAUAGCUGGACGAGCGAACAUAGGGGCUAAAUACAAAUCAGAUCUAUCCUAAAUGCAAACCAGGUCCGUCCUAAAUACAAAUCAGGUCUGUCCUAAAUGCAAGAAGGGCUUACGGGUGUCUACGUCGGGUUCCAUACAAGAUGCUUGGGAUGCACAUGCUAAAGAAUGCCCUGGCUCGCCAAAAAUUAUGGAUUUGUAGAUAGAGCGACUAUACUGGUACAAAAAGUAUUGAAGAGAUAGACGUAAGUACUUACUUGACCAUGCUGGGUGAUGACGAAGGUACAAACAUCCUCCGAUGACAAUAAGAGGGCGAGUAGAUAGAUCAAUAUGUGUUGUAGACUCUAAUUGUAAUUGAGUACAAGAUGUGUCGUGAUAUCUCCAUCCUCUAACGAGCAAGCAGACCGAUGUGCUGUUUGUCGACAGAAGUUGAACCUUACAAAUCGCUUCGACUGUGGGAAAUGUGGUAAGCAGCUAUGCUUGAAACACCGAUUUGAAGAAGAACACGAAUGUGUUAAGUCAGUUGUUCCUGUGGCUGUGCCAGGAACAAAUGGGGGCAGAGGUGCAGGACAGAGGAAUAACAUUAUGAAGGAUCAUUGUGUUGUUGAUAGUUACCCUUUUCUCUUUUAUAUCUUCCUCUGGUCUGUCUUUUUUCUAGUUAGGUCGGCUCCACCACAAUUAUGAAGGAUCAUUUACAUUUUUUUGAUUGUCGUAGGUGUCGUAGGUAGGUAAGUUGGACUGAUUAUAGGACGAGUCGUCGAGCUACUUCUAUUCCACCAUCGUUUUUACCCUAUUUCGGUAAGCAGAUACAGCCUCUUGUGCUGGAAGAUUCUCUCUGGUAAGUCAAUCGAUGCACUAUGUCAAUUUCCUCUAUCUCUCGAUCUUAUCUAACACCAACGCCACGCCAGCUGCCGCGGCUGCAAGGAAGAAGGGAAACAACACAGGCAACUGGCGCAAUGCGGACGGGUCACUGGGUGGCGCAGCUCAACCGAAACGGAAAAAGUCCUCCUUUCUCGACCUCCUCUGUUGUCGAGGCAAGCCGCCUCCAGAUGAAGAGGGGGCACAGAAUGUUUAGCGGCCGUGUGUUGUAUAGGUAAUCCUAUUCUUGAAUAUGUAGUCUGUCAUGUUACUAGAUGAUAAUGAAUGCAUAGUGAUGUCUGAUAGAGGACGAAAACGUGACUUGCUUAUUGUGAUUUUACCAUGUGCUGAUCUAAAUCCAUCGAUUUUCUUCGUAAGUACUAUCCUUUUCUCAAGAAUAUAGCUAAAACUCUAGUGCACACAAUUUUGAAAAAAUCUAAUGAUUCAGGGCCACCAUCAAAAACACUGUAUUCAGGAAGUAUCCAUUGCGGUUGCGCAUCAAGUAUUAUGAUUUUAAUGAACAUGUAGAUGUACAACCUCGACCUUGUUGCAAAGCCAGACAAACAACACAUCUUGGAAUUGACAAAGGCGAGCCAAGGAUUUUUCUCGUAUAAAUCUAUCAGUGAAGUACUUAGAUGAAGGAAUCAGCUUCAGGCUCGCUUUGAAAGCCCAAAUGACG